AUGGUGGCUGCAGUCCCCGCAGAGGUCUCAGCCGACUGCAUCAUCGUCGGCGCUGGAUUCUCGGGCUGCUACUCCAUGUACAUGCUUCGCCAGCAGGGCUACUCGGCCAAGAUGAUUGACGCGGGGUCCGACUUUGGCGGCGUAUGGCACUCGCACAGGUACCCCGGGGCGCUGGUCGACUCGCCGCCGCCGCUCUACCAGCUGAGCAUCCCCAAGGUCUGGCAGGGCUUCAACUUUCGGCUCAGGUUCCCCGACCAGCGGGAGAUGCAAGCCUACUUUCAGCACGUCGCCGAGAUCCUGGACCUGCGCCGCGACGCCAUCUUUCGGCACUCCAUCGUCGACACGAGAUACGACGGCGACACGGGCCUCUGGCAUCUUCGUUCGGACAAGGGACUGCGCGCAACGGGCCGAUACGUCUUUUUCGCGACGGGGACUACAAACAAAGCCUACAUCCCCGAGUUCCCGGGCUUGGAACGCUUCAAGGGCCAGGUGGUGCACACGCAUGACUGGCCAGACGAUCUGUUCCUGGGGGGGAAGAAGAAGAUUGCUCUCAUCGGCCAGGGCUCUACCGGCACGCAGGUGGCGCAAGAGAUUGCCAAGCUCGACGCAGAUGUCACCGUGUUCGUGCGCACACCCAACACGGGCUAUCCGCUGCGCCAGGGCACAUUGACCAUUGGGGAGACUGAGCGGUGGAAGUCGCUGUAUCACGGCUACUUCCCCGAGGCCAAGUCGUCGGGGUGGGCCACGCUCUCGAUCAACACCCCCGCGCGCUCGUUCCACGAGGAUGCCCUGGCGCAGCACCGCGAGAACUGGGAGCUGGCCUGGAGGAGCGGCGGCUUCGACGUCCUCGUGGGCAACUACCCCGAAAUCAUGGCCGACAAGACGGCCAACGCCGCCUUUUACGAGUUUUGGAGAGAAAAGACGCUUCCACGCAUAAAGGACCCCGUGAAGCGGGAGAUCCUGGCGCCGCGCGAGCAGCCGGUGUGGUUCAUGGCCCGGCGGCCCGUCAUGGAGGCCGACUACUACGAGAUGAUGGACCGCGACAACGUCGCGCUUGUGGACCUGAAGCAGUCGCCCAUCAGGGAGUUUACAGAAACCGGCAUUAUCACGCAAGAGACGGCUGGCAGCAAAGAGACGCGGCUGCACGAGUUUGACCUCGUCAUUUUCGCCACGGGCUACGACUCCGUCACGGGCAGCCUCUACGGCAUGAACAUCCGCGACCGCCACGGCGCGCUGCUGCAGGACCGGUGGCGGGCCGGCGGCGUGCGCACGCACCUGGGCAUGAUGGUGGCCGGCCUACCCAACGCCUUUCUGCUGUACGGCCCGCAGGCGCCCGGCCCGCUGACCAACGGCCCGACGUUCAUCGAGCUGCAGGUCGACAUGCUGUGCGGGCUGCUGGCGCGGGCCCGCGCCGACGGGCGGCAGGUCCUCGAGGCAACGGCCGCGGCCGCCGAGAGGUGGCGCGAGAAGCUGCGCGCGGGCUACGAGGUGCUGCUCGCAAGCGAGGCCGACUCGUGGUGGGUCGGGAGCAACAUCCCGGGGAAGCGGAGGGAGCCGCUGACGUGGUUCUCGGGGGUCCCGGCCUGGCGGGAGGAGUGCGAGGCGAGCCUGCGCAGCUGGGACGACUUUGAGCCGGGCAAGACAGCGGCCAAGCUAUAG